AUGAGUUUUGAGGAGCAAGAAGAAGAAAUGGAGAUGUCAGGUGUUAACCCACCCGGCGGUUACGAGUCUCUGAGCGGGGAGGGAGCCACAUCUAGCGGUGGCGGCGGAGGAGGAAGGAGAAAAGGCGUUGGAGGGAAGAUUAGGUAUAGAGAGUGCUUAAAGAACCAUGCCGUUAACAUCGGUGGCCACGCCGUGGACGGCUGCUGCGAGUUCAUGCCUUCCGGUGAAGAUGGUUCGCUUGACGCUCUCAAGUGUGCCGCUUGUGGCUGCCACCGCAACUUCCACCGCAAGGAAACCGAGAUCAGCGGCGGUAGGGCCCACAGAGUUCCGACAACGUACUACAACCGCCCACCGCAGCUGCCCCCUCCAGGAUACCUUCAUCUAACAUCUCCGGCGGCGACAGGGCAGCCUUACAGGCCACCAGCGGCAUCAGGGGACGAGGAAGAUACGUCGAAUCCGAGCAGCAGCGGGGGAAACACGGCUAAGAGGUUUAGAACGAAAUUCACGGCGGAGCAGAAGGAGAAGAUGUUAGCCUUCGCGGAGAGGUUGGGGUGGCGGAUUCAGAAGCACGAUGACGCGGCGGUUGAGCAGUUCUGUGCGGAGACUGGUGUUCGGAGACAAGUGCUUAAAAUCUGGAUGCAUAACAACAAGAACUCUCUUGGUAAGAAACCCUAA